UACUUUAUUCCAGAGGGAUCAACCAUAAUCCCAAAUGUCUGGGCUAUGUCUCGAGAUUCAUCGAUCUAUCCUGAUCCGGAGGCUUUCCAUCCAGAACGGUUUGAGGAGAUGGAUCCGGAUACACUCAAUGUCGCGACUUGGGGUCAAGCGACA